CUAGUUUGGAGAUCAGGGAGGGGGAGGGUCAGCCUUUACCCCUCCCAGGACUGAGCCUUUUAAUGUUACCUGGCUCCUGGCCGCGCCCAGUAUAAGCAGUCACAGGCUGGGAUCCGGGCAAGGAGCACUCACUGAUACAUUGUAUCCUAACUAACCGGGACACUCCAGGGCAGCCAGCUCAUUACUCCGGACACCUACCGGCUCUUACCAACCCAUGUCCCCAGCGGGGAUGAAGAAACACCGGAACCCCCCUGGAUCGCUCGUCCUGCUCUUCCUAACUUUACAGGUCACUGGAGGUCUGACGGCAUGGCUAAUAUGUGGCAGUACUGGAUUCACCCAGGAAGACUAUUAUUUCACCGUGCCAAGGAAAUUAAAAGAGAGUACUGUGAUUGGACGAGUGUCCUUCGAUCAUUGUGGACCCUCUCCAGUUACUUUCCACUCUGAAGACCCACAUUUUGAAGUUUUGGAAAAUGGAGACCUUGUCGUAAAGAAUUCUAUAAAACUUCACCAUCCUACGAAAAAAUUCAAAGUUGUUGCUAUUUAUGGCCAAAACAAAGAUGAAGAAAAGUUUACUUUUAUAAACCUGGAAAGGCGACAUAAUUUGCACAAAGAGAAUUUAUCCAACGAUGACCUGAAAUUGAAAAGACAGAAAAGGGACUGGGUUAUCCCCCCAGUCGUCAUGUCGGAAAAUGAGAGAGGCCCCUUUCCCAAAAGAAUGGUGCAGAUUAAAUCCAGUCGGGACAAGGAAGUGAAAGUUUUCUACAGCAUAACCGGCCCGGGGGCUGAUACUCCACCUGUGGGGUUGUUCAUUGUGGAACGCGCAACUGGCUGGCUCAAUGUGACUAAACCCUUGGACAGAGAAGACAUCCCUAUGUUUACUCUGUUUGUGCACGCAGUGUCAUCCAAUGGACAACCUCUAGAGGACCCAAUGGAGGUUAUUAUCAAAAUUUUGGAUCAGAAUGAUAACAGGCCUAAAUUCACAGAGCCGGUCUUUCUAGGCAGCGUCCCCGAGGGGUCGAGGCCAGGUACUCCUGUAAUGUUCGUAACCGCCACGGAUGAUGAUGAUGCCAUAGACACCAACAAUGGGAUUGUUUCCUAUUCUAUCAUUGGCCAGGAUCCCAAAGAACCCAGCGACCCAAUGUUCACAGUCAAUGAAAAAACCGGCCAGAUCUCCGUGAUUUCAACCGGCUUAGACAGAGAGAACUAUGCAGAAUACACACUGACCUUACAGGCUACAGAUCAAGAAGGUAAUGGACUCUCUGCGACUGGUAAAGCUGUGAUCACUGUGACGGACACCAAUGACAAUGCUCCGAUAUUUGACCCCACUACGUACGUUGUAAAUGUCCCUGAAAAUGAAGUUGGUUACGAAGUGACACGGUUAACGGUUACAGACGCCGAUACGUAUGGUUCAGACGCGUGGAUUGCUGUAUAUAAGAUCAUAAAGGGAAAUGAGGGCGGCUUCUUCAAAGUGGAGACAGUUGCUGACAAUAAUGGACUCGUGACCACAGUAAAGGGGUUGGACUUUGAAGGUCCAAAGAAUGUGUUCCAGUUGAGUAUCGUUGCGUUGAAUAAGGCAAACUUUUCCGUGCCUUUGCAAACCUCCACUGCCCUAGUCACCGUAAACGUUCAGGAUGUGAAUGAGGCCCCCAUAUUUAAUCCCGCUGUUUAUUCAGUCAGUGUUUCGGAGGACUUGCCUAGUGGUCAGGAAGUGGCAUCGUACACGGCUACAGAUCCCGACAAGGUGCAGAAUCAGAAGAUACUGUACAGCAUUGGCAAUGACCCAGCUGGAUGGCUUUCUGUCAAUAAGGACAAUGGCAUUAUCACUGGAAAUGGCCAACUAGAUCGAGAGUCCUUCUACGUGCAGAACAAUGUCUACAAAGCCAUCAUCUUGGCAGUUGACAGCGGGAUUCCAUCAGCUACUGGUACUGGGACCCUUCUGCUUAGCCUUCUUGAUGUCAAUGACAAUGGUCCAUAUUUGGAAAUAACACAGUUGGCAUAUUGCCAACAGGAUACAAAUCCACUGAUGAUUCCCAUCAUUGACCGAGAUCUGACACCAAAUACUGGCCCCUUCUCAGUGGAGCUUCCACGAGAGGCACGGGAAAACUGGACUGCCACAGUAGUUAAUGAUCAACUGCAUAUAAAGCCACUGAAAGACCUGGACUUUGAAACCUAUGACGUGUCGGUAAACCUGAAAGACAAUCAGGGCCUGACAAACACUAGCAGGAUAAGAAUCAUGGUCUGCAAAUGCAUUGGGGAAACUGGGACCUGUGAGGAGAGAGCUGCGCUUGCCGGAGGUUUGGGAGUCCCUGCCAUUAUCGGUAUCCUCGGAGGCAUUCUCGCUCUUUUGAUUCUGUUGUUGCUCCUGCUGCUCUUUGUGAGGCGCAAGAAAGUGGUGAAAGAACCUUUACUGCCCCCCGAAGACGAAACUCGGGAUAAUGUGUAUUAUUACGAUGAAGAAGGAGGUGGUGAGGAAGAUCAGGAUUUUGACCUGAGCCAGCUGCACAGAGGUCUUGAUGCUCGUCCAGAUGUCAUCCGCAAUGAUGUGGCCCCCACUCUCCUACCCGCUCCACAGUACCGCCCUCGGCCGAGCAACCCAGACGAGAUUGGCAAUUUCAUUGAAGAGAACCUCCAUGCAGCAGAUAAUGACCCCACCGCUCCACCCUAUGACUCCCUGCUGGUGUUUGACUAUGAAGGCAGCGGCUCGGAUGCUGCAUCUCUCAGCUCCCUGAAUUCCUCCAACUCGGACGGUGACCAGGACUACAGCGGCCUGAGCAACUGGGGCCCGCGCUUCAACAAGCUGGCUGACAUGUAUGGGGGCGACGAGGAUUGAGGCACACUGUACUCCAACCCUACAAACUACUGACAUCCUGCACUGCGACUGCAAAACAAACCCCUCAUCGUUUUAUUGGCCGAACUCGGACGGCGGCAAAUAACUGGCGUCAAUUUCUGAGCAUGUCCGCAGCCAAUCAGAUGGUCUAAAACGUGUUUGUUUUCUUCUUGUGUUUUAUUUGGUUUUUAAAAUUACGACACAAGCUAGAACCUUCACAUCGCUAAAAAUGGAAGCGAUAGCAUCAUUUUACAUUAUUUUGUUUUGUAUCCCUUGUUACUUUAAAGCUAUUUGCCAAACUGGUUUGCAAACUUCCGCUCAGGAUGGUGGUAUAUGUACCUGCGCUGAGGACGCUUAAUCAAAAAUGCCAACACUAUAGCUACUAGGUGUAUGUAUAUAUUUAUCAUCAUAGGCGCCAACAAAUUUGGGUCUAAUUUUUAUUUUUUAUUUCUAAUAGCCAAUUAUCCUAAAUAUAUAUAUAUAUUUGUAAAAAUAGUGUCCGCUCUGGAAAUUUUGCACAGUGAUCUAGUGAAGACGUGAAGUCUCAUACUCGAUACAAGCAGCGUUAUUCAGUAAGCUCAGAGAAUGAAAUCAGAAUGGCAAAAUGUAGGCUAUAGCAGUCAAUCUGGGAGUCUAGCUCAAUUUUAGAAUUUGUCUUCUUCAAACUAGCUGUUUUCGCCCUCGUUUUGCCAUUAGAAUUUAGCAUGCGGAAUUUCAGAGUUUAGAUAAAAAAAACUCUGAAUAAUUUGCGACAUAAUCCUACAGUGCAGUUUAACCCAUAAAGCACCAAUAACGUUUCAUUCAGAAAUCAGUCGUGUUCUUAAAAGCCUAAAAUGAAGUCCAAUAGCAUACAGUCAUUCUCUGUGAAUGUGUUUUGAUAGCAAAUAAGUAAGCCGUUUCAUUACAGCACUGGUUCUUUAAGGAUCAGGUUGUCGUGAUUCUUGUGGGUUUUAAUCUCCACUGCAGGAUUAUUUACAGGAUAAUCUGCUUCAAUAAUCCGUAUUCAUGCCUACAUUGAUCUAUGAUUCCAGAAAAGGCUUCAGACACAGUGUAAAUAGCAGUGUUGAAAGAAUCGUAUUUUUACUGCUUUUAAGCAGAUGUCCCCACCACUGUAUAGUUUAAAUAUCCUACAACCCAAUACACAAAAUGAAAUUGUAAACUCGGCAGGGAUUAUUAAGUGUCUGCAUUCUUUUUACAUGUAUACUUUUUGAUAUAAAAAUAAAAAGAUUUAUAGAACAUGGAA